ACUUGUACAGUAACUAGUAUCCCGAUUUUGCCGCUGAUGUCACAUCAUCCAUGGUUCAUGGUAUUUAUGACAUUUGUUUUGACAUUUUGAUGUGUAAAACAUGCUAAAAGAUUCAAAAGUUGAAGUUUAAAAAUCGUAUGAAAAUGUUUCACGUACACUAAUGUUUUUGAAUUGCUAACAGUGCACGCGGCGGACUGUUUGGCAAGUCUAAUCGGCCCACAAUUCACCAGUGAUAUCCGAUGUGUUGACAUUUUCUCCACGUCCUGGUGUGCGAUUUUGAGUCGGAAAACUAUGCGAAAUGGAAACUCAAGUUGACCCAGAAGCCGAGGUAAAGAAACUCCAGAAUUUGGUGAAGAAACUGGAGAAGCAGAAUGAAGUGCUGCGCAACAAGGCCGUCGGAAUCGGUGCCGAUAAAAACCAGACGACACCCCAAAACUCUCGAGUGCGGAACAAGAUGGCGAUAUCGUCAUCGUCAAAUUCACACGGAUUGACAAACCACAGUCAUGACAGAACCUCGAAUCAUUUGGAAAAUGGGACCACGAACAAGGAUCGUUCAGAUUACAGUCUUCUGGAUGAUAGUGUAGAAUUGUUGGACAGUGAAAUUAGUGACAUGAUGAAAGAGGAAGAAGAUAGUUGGUUGUACGUAUCCCCCUUAAGGGCACUCACGCCCGAGGAAAGAUCCAUCAACGUCUACGACUGGAUUCGGCAAGACCUAGAUCACCCCAGUGAAGAAAUGGAAUCGGCCAAGAGGUCGCUCCAAGCCAAACUAGAUGAACUGUCAAGAGCUCAACGAAACAGCAUGGGACCUAAUGCUCUGGUCAUUCAACAGCCAGUGAUGGUUGAUGCAUCUGUCGGAGUAGGCCGACUAGACAACUCCCCGUCCCCCUCACCGACCUCCAUCCAUCCCGCCACCGGUGCGCCCACCCACUUCCCCUACCAGUCCAACACCACACCAAGGAGGAAAGGGGAGACAGAGCGACGGGAGAGAGAAAGGCGGAUCAGUGGGGAUAGGAAGUCCGGCGAGGAGCUGGGCUACAGCAAGCUGGAGGAUGUCACCGAUGUGCAGAUACUGGCCAAGAUGCAGGAGGAAAGUUUGCGACAAGCCAUGCAUCAAUCACCCUCCAACUCCCCGCGGAGGGCCACCACGGGCGUCUCGCCAGCCUCCUCAGAGAACACUCUCCACAAGCCAGCCUCACGGACCAACAGCCACGGCAGCAACGCCGAUAGGGAGGAGUUCCAGGAAACCCACACCGAGGCCAACGCCAAGACGUCGAACGUGGUACGGAGGAGGCCCUCGCUGGAGAGAAUCAAGAAAGUUGAAGGGGAUACUCGUAGAUAUAGUUACGGAGCAAAGAUGACGCCCAAUCACACUUCAGAUAAUGGGGACAGUAUCACCAUUGCCGAGUUGCAGAAACUCGCGCUUGAAAGGCAAGCAGUUCACAAGGGCAGCCUACCGAACCUCAACCGCACGUACACCAAGGAGACCAGUAGCCCCACAACCCCGGCUCCCCAACCAGCCCCCUCCCCCACCACCACCCCGACCCCUACGACAACCAACCACUCUGACCAGCCAGAGUCCAGACUGAAACACCCUACCAGUCCCUCCCCGACGCGAUCCAUGCCGGCCGCGGGCAAGGCCGGCGCCCUCAAGCAGCCCUCCCCGAGCAAGCUGCGGAACGCUUCACCCCAGCGGAGCGGGAUACCAGUCAGGUCCAGUGCCUCGGCCGAGCGGAGCGGUAUUCCCAGACCGCGCUCGGCCGUUCUCUCCCCACGCUCACAGAUGCUCAUACCUGGGAACAGGAGGGGGGACAGUCCAACAGUGAGGGAACCUGCAUAUAGAGAGUCCCAGCAGUCAGAAUUGUAACCCUUUUUUGGCUGAUAGAUCGCCAGCCGGGGUACCCAGGUGAUUCCAUAUCACAUCUUUUGUCUUUGUGUUGUGUCGGUGCUUAUCUGUGAGAUUUAUGGUGUAUCCCAGUUGGUGAGGAAAAUGUAUAAAGCUUCAAGGCACACUGCUGUUGAAAUAAGGAUAAACUGGUAGUUUUGGUAUAUUGUGAUCCAGUGAACAGCAUACAUGUAAAGGAAGCAUCGUAAGAUUCUUUCUCACUAAGGGUAGAACGCCUGCCUUUGCCGACAGAGUCCUCUGGACCCAAUUUCAUGGUGCUGCUGAGCACACAAAUUUCUGGUAACAGUGCCUCUGUCAGUGUCACAGAGACUGUAAAGCACAGGAGAGCUACGUUCUGAGCAAAAAGUCAUUCGAGGCCGUUUGUUCAGCAUGUAGCUCACAAUAUAUCAUCGUGUACAGUCAUUUUUUGCCGAGUUUUCUGCCUUGCGAGGCCAUGAGGCAAAUAUCUAUUCUGUUUGAUUUUAAAAACUCACCGUGUGCGGUCAACCUGAGGUACGUACUGAGC